UGUGUAUAUCCCUUAGCUGCUGUUGGUCGCAGUUCACAUCUUCACACGUUAAUGGAAACCAGUUCAGAAGAAGAUGGAGAUAUAAGCGAGUCCGAAAUACGUGACUACGAAGCCAAAUCCUAUCUGCAAUUGAAGACUAGGAAGCAUAAAGUGAAAUUAUCGGAUUCCAUUUUCCGCUGCCCUUUCUGUAAAGGGAAGAAGAAACAAGAUUUCAUUUACAAGGACCUACUUCAACAUGCCACUGGAGUAGGCUUAUCGAACAGGAAGGGAAAAGUAAAGGCAAACCACCGUGCAUUGAUGAGAUUCUUGAAAACAGACGUACCAGAUGCCGCUGGGCCAUCAAAACGUACAGUCGAGAAGGAAUGUCCAACUAGACCUGACCAAGAUGAUCCUUUUGUCUGGCCUUGGAUGGGCAUCAUUUAUAACCUUCCGAUCGAGUUGGAGGCUGAAGAACAUGUUGGCACGUGCGCUUCGACGCUGAAGAUGCUGUUUUCUAAAUAUAAUCCAGUGGAAAUUCAUGCUUUCUGGGAUGACCAAUGCCGUUCUGGCAAUGCCAUAGUGGAAUUUCAGAAGGAUUGGAGUGGAUUCAAGGAUGCGAUGGCGUUCGAGAAAUCAUUUGAAGUAAAUCAUUUUGGUAAAAGAGAUUGGAACAAACAGAAGCACUGUGGAUCAAAUGUCUAUGGAUGGGUCGCGCAGGCUGAUGAUUACAACUCCAUGGGUCCAAUAGGGGAGCAUCUCCGAGCAAAUGGAGCUCUGAAAACAGUUUCUGAUCUUUCGAAAGAAGAAAUGCGGAAGAACGAAAAGCAUUUGACAAAUCUGGCUACCGAAAUCGAUAUAAAGAAUAAGUAUCUAAAGGAAAUGGAGUGCAGGUAUAACGAGACUAGUUUAUCUCUUAGUAAGGUGGUAGAGGAGAAAAACAAGCUACUACUGGCUUAUACUGAAGAAAUGAGAGAGAUGCAGCGCAUUGCACGAGAUCGUUCUUCUCGGAUCUUUGAGGAGAAUAAAAGGCUUAAGUCCGAGUUGGAAUCUCAGGGAAAAGAACUUGAGAGGCGACGGAAAGAAUUGGAAAUGCGUGAAGCCCAAAAUGACAAUGAGAAGAGGGAACUUGAUGAUGAGAGGAAAAAGAAUGAGAUGAAAAAUAGUUCACUUCAAAUGGCGAAUUUGGAGAAGGCAAAGGCGGAUGAAAAGGUCUUGAAGCUGCUCGAAGAUCAAAAGACAGAAAAGGAGGCUCUUCUCAACCGAAUCCUUAGAUUAGAAAAAGAGCUUGAUGCCAAACACCAAUUGGAAUUAGACAUUCAGCAACUGAAAGGGAAGGUGCAGGUGCUAAAGCACAUGGGAAGUGACAGUUCGUUGGAAGAAAUGACUGAAAAACUGAAAGAGAAGGAAGGAGAAAUGGAAGCAAUGGAAGAUAUGAAUCAAACUCUUAUUGUUAGAGAGCGCUCGAGCAACGAUGAGCUGCAGGAUGCUCGUAAAGUAUUAAUUAAGGAACUGAAUGAGAUGUGCGGUGGCCGUUCUUUAGUUGGAAUCAAGAGAAUGGGAGAAAUCAAUCUGAAACCAUUUCGAGUGGCAUGCAUGCAAAGAUUUUCAGCUAAGGAAGCAGAAGAGAAAUCAGCCGAGUUGUGCUCCUUUUGGCAAGACCAGAUUUCCGACCCAGCAUGGCAUCCUUAUAGAAUAGUCAGAGGGGAAUCUCGGGAAGAAAUAGACGAUGAGGAUGAAAAGCUAAAACAGCUAAAGGAUGAGUUGGGUGAUGGAGUGUACGAGGCUGUAACAACAGCUUUGUUGGAGAUGAAUGAAUACAACCCGAGUGGGAGAUAUGUAGUGCAGGAGAUAUGGAAUUUCAAAGCGGAAAAGAAAGCAGAAAUGAAAGAGGUCAUGCAAUUUAUCCUGAAGAAAUUGAGUUCUGUCAAGCGGAAGAAAUGACACAGACAAGGACAAGCAAUCAACGGCCAGGAUUAAAAUUGGAAGGACCCAAGAUCAAAUCAGGAAUUUAUGAGGGAUGUUGACAUUUUGAAGGGGUAUUGAAUGUCAGGUCAGUGUUUCAUAUCCAUGCUUUUUAAGAUCUAAUAUUUUCUGUAUGUUCUCAUGUUCCUGGGCCAGGGUCAUGAUGACUUUUGUUUAAAUGGGCCCCACAAAGUGGACUUUGUAUGUUGAUCUUGUUUUGUUUAAGCUGUCCCACUCGGCGGCCCUGUAUGAUUUUUUUGGUUUAAGUGGGCCUCGUGAAGGGUGGACUUGAGCCGUCUAAUUAUGGUCAUGCACGAGUCUAGCCA